AUGACCCCCGCCGACUGGGACGCCCACCUCAGCUGGCGCCGCCACUGCAUCGAGCCGCGCGUGUUCGUGCGCGUCUUCCGCAUGCUGUCAGUCGUGGAGCUCUGGGUGCUGUCCGUCACGCUGGCUGCGGCCCUCUACGCGCACCACCUGCAGCCGCUGCCGGGAUGGCCUGUGGCGGUGUCGAAGGACUACAUGGUGGUGUUCACGCUCACCAGCUUUGCGCUGGCGCUGCUCAUGGUGUUCAGGACCAACACGGCGCACGCGCGGUGGUGGGAGGCCCGCAUCGCCACCGGCCGUUGGCUGAACGUUGUGCGCAACACCAACCGGAUGCUGCUCGCGUGGGCGGACGCGCCGCGCGACGCCGCGGCGGUGCGCGAGUUCCGGCGAUGGAGCGCGGCCCUGACGCCGGCCGCGUGCGCCUACCUCUGCCGGAAGGACGCAUACUGGGAGCACUGCCAGGGCCUGCUGUCGCCCGCCGAGAUCGCGUGGCUGGCCGGCUGCGACAACCCCCCGGUCAAAGUCAUGGCCAUCAUGUCACGGCUCCUGAAGAGGACCGGCCUCUCCGCGAUCGAGCGGGCCGAGGUUGAGCGGGAGAUCUGUGCGUUUGACAUCGCCCUUGGCGCCUUGGAGCGCAUCACGCGGCAGGCCAUACCCAUGGCCUACACACGCCACACAUCGCGCUUCAUCAUCGCCUACCUCACGUUCCUUCCGUUUGGGCUGUUUGCCUACCUGGGCUGGCUGGUGCUGCCCACCAUGAUGGCGCUCACAUUCCUGCUGGUGGGCAUAGAAAACAUCGGCGUCCAGAUAGAGAACCCCGUCCGGGUGCUGCCAAUGCACCGGUUCUGCGUCGGCAACAAGACCGCCGCGCUGUCUAUGGGGCAGCACGACUGGAAAGUGCAGGAGGUGCUGGAGGCGGCCCUCGGGGCCGCGGAAGCCGCCGGCUGGGAGCAGGCAGCGGCGCAGCAGCAGCAGCAGCCCCAGCAGCACUCACAAGGCUGGCAGGGCACAGCAAGCAAGGACGCGUGCUUCGUUCCGCCAGCACCGGGGGCACGGGGGGCGUCAUUGGCGGUGCCGCCGAUGACGCGCGCGCGGCCCACCCGCUGCUGCGUCGCAUCGCCCCGCGACGCGCCGCCGGCGCCGAUCGCCAGCGCGCCCGCGGCGGGCACUGUGUUGCCACUCCAUGACCUGGCACCGGCCAACAACUCGCGGCCCGACCCCAUUCCUCUGGAGCAGGCGCCCCUGGGUCUCACCUACUACUCAGACGGCAGCGCCACAUUCAGGGUAUGGGCGCCGCACGCAGCUUCCGUGCAGCUGCUCGCCAGCCGCACCCGCGCCGCGCCCCUCGGCGCCACCCCCAACCCCCACCCGGAAGCUCUCGGCCUCGACGCGCCGGCGCCCGACCACGGCCCCAACGCGGCCGCGGCCGCGGCCGCCGCGGCCGCCGACGAGGCGGAAGGCGAGCAGACGCCGCUCGCGCGGAGCGGCGACAUUUGGGGCGCGGCGCUGCCGGCCGGCGCGCUGCCGCCGGGGUCGGCAUACCAGCUGCUGCUCUCCACCCCAGACGGGCGUCUGUUGCGGCGGCGCGACCCCUAUGCGCGCCAGACCGACUACGGCAGCGAAUGGUGCUAUGCAGUUGACCCCGCGCAGUACGAGUGGAAGGCGAGGGCGUGGUCUCAGCCGCCCUUUGACCAGUACAUGAUCUACGAGAUGCACGUCGGCUCCUUCACGCCGGAGGGUACCCUGGCAGCAGCUGCGGAGAAGCUGGCCCACGUGGCGUCCGUGGGCUUCACCGCGGUGCAACUGAUGCCGCUGGCAGAGCACUCUGACGCCUGGGGCUACAACCCGCGGCAGCUGAUGUCGCUGCACGGCGCGUACGGCUCCCCAGACGUGAGCAAAGCAGGGGCGGUGCGGCACUGUGUGGUUUGA